CCGGCCAGAGCAAGAAGAUGUAGCGGGAACCACUAUAGACUACAAUUUUCUUUCAAGGCUGAAUUCUUUCCCCAGUGUACCUGUGAGAGUGCAAAAAUGCCAGGUGUAUUACCAUGUGACAGUAAUGGACUUUCAAGAGAUACCCCAUCCAAAAAAAGCAGACUGUCACUGAAGUUUUUUCAAAAACGGGAAACAAAAAGAGCACUGGAUUUUACAGAAUCUCAAGAGAAUGAACAAAAGCCUUCAGAAUAUGUCUGUUCUGACAUUGACCAGGUUGUUCCUGCAACACAGUCUCUUUCACCUGUCCAGUGUGAGAAGAAAGUGAACAUGCUGCCUUUCGUUGGCUUGAACAAUCUUGGCAACACUUGCUAUCUCAACAGCAUUCUUCAGGUGCUCUAUUUUUGCCCUGGCUUUAAAACUGGAGUGAAACGACUAUUUAAUAUAAUUUCACAGAAAAAGGAAAGCUUGAAGGAGGAAAUAGAUAAGGGGAUCAUUAAAGAAGAUUCUCUUGCAAGCUAUGAAUUAGUCUGCAGUUUACACUCCUUGAUUGUUUCAGUUGAACAGCUUCAAGCCAGUUUUCUCUUAAACCCAGAUAGAUACACAGAUGAACUUGCUACUCAGCCAAGAAGACUGCUAAACACACUGAGGGAGCUCAACCCUAUGUAUGAGGGGUAUCUGCAGCAUGAUGCCCAAGAGGUAUUACAGUGUAUAUUGGGGCACAUUGAAAAAACAUGUCAGCUCUUGAAGGAAGAAUUGAAGCACGUGCCAGUGGAAGAGUCUACAGUUCAACUGGAGAACUGCUCUAGUCAGAACACUGAUAGUCCUGUAACUCUUGAGGAAGUUGGUACUAAGCUAAAUUGGCAAGCUGUUGAGGAUCAUGAAGAUAAAACUAAAGGCAAUGGGAAAAGGAAAAGUGACAUGGAGGGUGGCAAUAGAAAGAAAAAGUCUAAAAUAUCCAAAGAGAAAAAUGGAAUAGAAGAAAACCAACGACAGACCCGAUCUAAGAGAAGAGCAUUGGAAGAAAAACUAGAAAAUCAAGCAGAGGGUACCAUGGAAAAUGAAAAUACAAAGCCUACGCAGAAAAAAUCCAGACUUAAACUAAACUGGCUAAAAUCUUCAAGCAAUCAGCCUAGCAUUCUGUCUAAAUUUUGUAGUUUGGGAAAGCUAUCUACAAACCUGGGUUUCAAAGAUCAGAUUAAAGAAAUUGAGACUUGUGAAGUUACAGAGGUCUCUCUCAAGAAUGAAAAUGAUAACCAAGCAGAGGAAAAAUAUUAUGACUCAUCUCCUGUGGAAAAUACUAGUGAAAAGGAAACUGGAAAGCUGUACAAAACAGGCACACAACUAGCAAAUUUUAAUUUAGUAGAGAAGCUCUUCCAGGGUCAGCUGGUGUUGCGAACACGAUGCUUAGAAUGUGAAAGUUUCACUGAGAGAAGGGAAGACUUCCAAGACAUCAGUGUGCCUGUGCAAAAAGAUGAACUCUCAAAAGUGGAAGAGAAUUCUGAAAUUUCUCCAGAGCCUAAAACAGAAGUGAAGACUCUGAAAUGGGCAAUUUCACAGUUUGCUUCAGUGGAGAGAAUUGUGGGAGAAGAUAAAUAUUUCUGUGAAAACUGUCGUCAUUACACAGAAGCGGAACGUAGCCUUUUAUUUGAUAAAAUGCCCGAAGUUAUAACAAUUCACUUGAAGUGUUUUGCUGCUACUGGCUUAGAGUUUGAUUGUUAUGGUGGACUUUCCAAGAUAAAUACUCCUUUACUGACACCUCUCAAGCUGUCCUUGGAUGACUGGAGCAUAAAGCCAGCCAAUGAAAUCUAUGGACUGUUUGCUGUAGUCAUGCACAGUGGCAUCACAAUCAGCAGUGGGCACUAUACAGCCUCUGUUAAAAUUACAAAUCUCGACAGUUUAGAAUUAGACAAGGAGAAUUUCAUCACCGAUCCUCUAAGUGAAACUAUUCACUUGGAGCCACUGAAUGAACAAGAGGCAAGAACAGUAACAGAGGACUAUGAUGAUGGGGAGGUCUCCUUUCGAGUCAGUGGUAAUACACGGCCUAAUAAAGGAACAAACAAAAAGAGUAUAGAAGCUGUGGGACUUCUUGGAGGGCAAAAAAGCAAGUCCACCUGUGACUUCCUCAGCAGCAAAACAGCCCAUUCUGGUAAGAUAACUAACAUGGACAAUGAAGCCAGGAAUGCUGAGUGGAACCACGCUAAUGGAAUUGUGGAGGCUGACCACCACGAUCAAACUGGCAUGGCUUCUAAUGGACUAGAAAGCAAAGCAGUGCAUAUAAUGCAAAGUCUGAAAGAAUAUGAGGGGAAGUGGCUGCUCUUUGAUGAUUCUGAAGUGAAGGUUACUGAGGAAAAGGAAUUUUUAAACUCAUUAUCCCCUGUUUCAUCAUCUACAUCCACUCCUUAUCUGCUCUUUUAUAAGAAAAUUGUAGAGUAAGGAUCUUUUGACAGUGUA